AUACUCUAUACAAUAUUCACAAAAAAAUGAAUUAUGUAAUUGCUAAUCCUAAAAAAUCAUCCCAAAUUUUUGAGGAAAAAGAUGUUAAUAAAACUGAUGUUAAGUUUAACGACCCUGAUAAGGAAUACUUUUCUAACCGCCCAGAAACUCCUACCACUAAUACAACUAAAAAUAAUAAUAAUCGCGAAACACAUGACUUUUGCCUUGAUGAAUUUGCAAUGAAUUAUACAAAGAAAUACGCAACUUCAUUAGUUACUGAUUUUGAAAAAGAAGAAGUAGAAUCAAUUUGGACCUUAUCAGUAGAUGAUAAUGAAAACACUGAUUAUGAGUUAAAUG